AUGGCGUCGCUCAAGUUUGUCGCCUUCAUCAUCCUCCAGACGAUAGCAUUUUCUAUCUUUCUUAGAUCCCCCUUCAUGAUGACAACCGCUUCACCCUCCAAGCAAUGGGCUGAUGGGCCAAUGGCUCUCGUCACUACCCCCCAAUACGAAACCAAGAAGACUGACAUCUUCACCGUGGGGGCCACCCAUAUGUGUCUACUGCACAACGCCAUCAUCCGCGGUUUCAACACAAUUUACCUCCAGGCUCCCCAUAUUCAAGAAGCAGACAAGGCAGACUUCAUCGGCUACUCCCUCACAUGGUUCCGUUUUGUCAAGUCUCACCAUGACGAUGAAGAGCUGAAUCUUUUCCCCAAGAUGGAGGAGGUUCUGGGUGACAAGACGAUAUGGACUGAGACUCAUGAGGAGCACGAGUCCUUCCUAGGUGGCCUCGGGGAGUUCUACAAGUACCUGAGCGAACUGCCGUCGCCCUCUGACCUAUCCGCCAAGGAACUCAUCCGCAUCAUGGACUCGUUCCGCGACGACUUCGAGGGCCACUUCCACAGCGAAAUCGCCACCAUCGCCGCCAUGGCGUCGCACCCCAAGGCGCCCGCCGAGGGCUCCGAGGAGGCCACCGCCGCCGGCCUCAUCUUCAAGACGUGGGGCAAGGCGACCGUCACCAAGGCCGGCACCUGGGACGUCGUCCCCUUCUUCCUCCUGAACCUGGACCGCACCGUCGAGGACGGCAUGUGGGCCAACUGGCCGCCCAUGCCCGCGCCCAUCAAGUGGGGGCUGAUCAACCUGGCCGGUUCCUGGUAUGGGAGCUGGUGGAAGUUUGCCAGCUGCGACUCCCAGGGGCAGCCGCGGGAGCUGUAUGCCCUGGGGGCUGGCUCUGGCGAGGCGCCAAAGUCUGAGCUGUGA